AUGUCGUUUUCCUCUCAACCUGGAUGUUCCGCCACGUCAAAUCCUGUUCGAAAACUGAACUCAUCUGUGCAUGAUACGGCUUUGAAAUCAAAGGCUUACCAUCCGAAAGUCUUUCAAAAUCCGCUUCAUUCCACUACCCUUGCGGCACCGAACUUGAAUUAUUCCGAGUCCUCCACAUUUCAACAUUGGAAAGACCUCAGUCAAUCACCUAGUCAACAUCAGAAUUUUCCACUAUUCAGCCUUACCACGAAAAAUUCUUCUUCAGUUCCAAACAGAGCUUGGUCUCAAGAGUUUUCAGCCUAUACAAAUCAACAAAAUCAGAACUCAGAGACAAAAUGGAUAUCCGAAUUUAAUCAGCAGCCACCUUCUAUAAUCAGUAAUGAUACCAUAAAAUCAAGGAAACAGAAAGAGAAAACGGUUCCAGUCCCAUUGUCGUCACCUCAACUACCUAUGUCUGCAGCUGCAGCCCAUUCUCCUUUAGAAGUCGCUCAUGUCAAUGAAGACGAGCUUAUGGAAAAGUUUAAUCAUGCUUCCCUAGAAGCAAAGAGUUUAGAUAAAGGAAAUUUAGAACAAACAUCUCAAGCACCAUUAACCUUGGAGCAGUUGUGGACUGCCAGGUUGGCUGAUUUACGUACAAACGGCCUUGAUCCGAAGUCACUUGAGGAAUAUCAAAUAAGGUGGGAAGAAUUUCUUGAAGAAGCAAAGAUAAAGCUGCCUGCGUCAAAGCAGCAUGCUUUCUCACAUACUGAAGCUAAUCAAGCAAUGGAAACGUCAGGUACUGAGUAUGAAAACUUAAACAAGAUAAACGAGCAGAAGAAGGAGAUAUUCAGUGAAGAACAAAUUGACUCAAUCGAUUAUAAAAAGCUGGAAGCACUUCCCUUUAUAGAGGAUCUUUAUGAGAAGGCUCAAACGUUAUUAAAGAACAAGGGUCCAAUUUGCGAAGCGGCAGUAUUGCUUGAAAAAGCAGUUUUGCAAAAUCCUUCUCACCUCGAAAGUUGGCAAUCCCUAGCCUACGUUCAUACCUUGCUAGGCAAUGAAAGCCGAGUAAUUGAGUCUUUAUUAAAUAUAAAAAUGUUGGAUUCUAAUCAAAUCAAUAUUAUAAUGGAUUUGGCAGUAGCAUAUGUGAAUAAAGGUUCACGUGAAAAUGCUUUAGCAUGUUUGCGCGACUGGCUUUAUGCAUCUCAUCCAGAAUACUCUAACCGGUUCUCCAGCAUAGAGCGCAAGUUUGAAAGUCUAAAUGUUCUUGACAAUACAAAAGCUAUUCAAGCUUGCUUUUUAGACUUGAUAUGUUUAUCAUCGUCAUCCAAGAAGUUCUAUGACAAAGCUCAGACUGGGUUGGGAAUUACCAUGUAUCUUUUAGAGGACUUUUCAAAAGCUGCUGAUUGUUUUAGACAGGCUGUCCAAAGAAAUCCUGAAAACUGCGUUCUCUGGAAUAAAUUAGGAGCUUCUUUAACAAAUUCAAAACAAGAAGGAAAGGCAAUACAAGCUUAUAAGCGCUCAUUGGAGCUGCAGCCUCAAUAUGUCCGUACUCGCUCCAACUUUUCCAUAGCAUGCAUAAAUAUGAGUUGCUAUGAGGAAGCAGCAGAUCAUCUUCUACAUGCAGUCGACAUUAUUCAGGACAAGCAUGGGGUGUUUACUCGCUGUGAAUCUAACCUUGAACUCUGGGAUAUGCUACGGAAGGUACUUCUCGUGGGAUACCAAAGCAUGAGUUUGGCUUCAUUAGCAAAACCGGGAUUCAAUACAAACGAAUUAAGGAGUAAAUUAGAUUCUUAUGCAGGAGAGGAGGAAUAUUACGAAUGA